UCAAUCCAAUCCAAUCCUAGCAGAUUCGCUUUUUAGAGUUUGCUGUCGCUAUUCACGCAUGCAUUGCGGAGUUUCCUUUGCUUCUGCUAUCUCAUUUUUGCCCUGCAUCUGCAACAAUGCUGUCUUCUCUUAGCCUGAAAACGUGACAUCGCAAUGACACGGGUAUCGGGUGUUCGUCGAAACGCAGGGAAGUCGUCAAAAUCCUCUCCAGAUGAAAGGUUGCCGUACGUGUCGAGCAGCGCGCCCAGCAGCGCGAUGCCGAAACACAUUCCGCUACCGGAGAUCCCAGCAGACGGAGAACUUGCUUUCGAACUUUUGUCACUGCUCUUCUGUCUCGUCCUGCACGGGUCACUGUACCUCAACCUGUACCGCACAGUUUGGUGGCUUCCCCACUCCCAUAACGACCAUGCGCUGAACUAUUACUUGAUGGACCGUCAUGUGAUUAUGUUCAGUGCUCUUGUGAUGAACCGUCGUUUUCCAAUCACGCUUCUGAAGUCGGUGCUGUGGUAUACGCUUCCAUACCGCUGGUACCAGGUCUCUGUAUCUGCCAGUCGCACCUCUGUCCUGGUGGUUGUGGUGUUGGCUCUGCUGUGGUGCACGUACAACAUUUGCCUGCGCCACGGAAUGUUCAGCGUCUUUGCUCUGGCCUACCCUGCAGUGAUCUACAUGGCCCUGUUUGGCCCGGUGCUGGGACCGGUGACUGAGCUUCUUCCGCGGUGGACAGGUCGCAUCACCCACGGAUGUUCAUCUAGCCCCGUGGAGGUGCGUGCGGAGGUAGACGCUCUGCGAUGGGACUUCAACGAGCGACUGAAGAGGGCCCUCUUCUGUGCCCUUGGAACGGCUUACUACUCCACGUUCCUUCCUUGCUGUUUCCUGCAGAGUGAGCUCUACUUUGACCUCCAGUGGGCAGUACAGCACGGCAUCUUUGCCUGGUGCAGCGCGCUGACGCUCCACGCCUCCUACUGCUUUCCCCCUCGUUAUUUGGACAUGCUCCACAGGGCGGCGUUGCAUCUGGGACGUUGGCGUCGCCUCGAAGCCAGGAAUGUGCACGCCCCACACCACAUAUGGGCGGACAACGUCAUAUGGCCCCAGAACAACCUGGUAAAACACAACAAGGAGUACUUCCGUGCCGAGGGCAUCAGCAACGCCGCGGAGCCAGGCUGCGGCGUGCACUCGAGAUUUUACACCCUCUUCUUCAAUCCCAUGCUCAUCCUGACGGCGCUGCUGGGCCUGGACGUGUUCCAGGUGGCAUUCCAGUUGUACGCCCUCGUCCGUUCGACAGAGUGGAACCACCUCUUCAUGUUCCUUUGUAUGAUCAUGUUGAACUCUGUGACGCUCUUCAAGUUGAUGAGACAGUAUUUGGUGAUGGACAGAGUGUACCAUUACGAAAGAGUCUUGCAAGAGAAGUUGGGAGGCUGAACACAACCUUGUGGAUUGGUGGUGUUUUUUUUUCUGCUGUACAAUACAUGUUGUUUCUUUGA